CGCCGUGGAGAGGAGACGGGACCAUGGGCUCCGCUUCGUCGUCCUACCGGGUCAUUUACCUGGACGUGGACGGCAGAAUCCAGAAGGUGGUUUUCAGUAGGUUCUGCAGCCCAUGUGACAUUAAGGAGCUGUUCUGUACUGCACUGGGACUCCCAAGGAACACCAACGUGUCUCUGCUCGACUCGACCGGAGCCAUGGUGUCCAUCGACCCCACCAUGCCCCACAACACAGAGAGGUCACCGUACCGAGUGGUGCCUCUGACUGGAGGACAGCUUGCUGAUAAAGAGGAACUCUUUCAGAAUGUACUGACGCAAGUGGCAGAGCAGUUUUCAAGAGCAUUCAAGAUCAACGAGCUGAAGACCGAGGUAACCAACCGUCUGGCCAUGUUGGAGAAGCGAGUAGAGCUGGAGGGGAUGAGGGUGGUGGAGAUAGAGAAAUGUCGCAGUGACAUCAAGAAGCUCCGCGAGGAGAUGGUGUCCAGAAACAACAGUAGUUUCCUGGAAGACAACAAGAAGCUGACCCCUCGCAGAGAUGUGCCCUCCUACCCCAAGUACCAUCUGUCUAAAGAGACAGUAGAAGCUCUCAGACAGCCCACAUUUGAUGCUUGGCAGUGGGAGCCUAAUGAGAUGCUGAGCUGCCUGGAACACAUGUACCAUGAUCUGGGUUUGGUCAAAGACUUCAACAUCAACCCCAUCACACUCAAGAGAUGGCUGCUGUGUAUUCAUGACAACUACAGGAAUAAUCCCUUCCAUAACUUCCGCCACUGUUUCUGCGUCACCCAGAUGAUGUACAGCAUGAUCUGCCUGUGCAGCCUGCAGGAGAAGUUCACUCAGGUGGACAUUUUGAUUCUCAUGACAGCUGCUGUGUGUCAUGAUCUGGAUCACCCCGGAUACAACAACACGUACCAGAUCAAUGCCAGGACGGAGCUCGCUGUGCGCUACAACGACAUCUCCCCCCUGGAGAACCACCACUGCGCCGUGGCCUUCCAGAUCUUCUCCCAGCCCGACUGCAACAUCUUCUCCAACUUCGACCCCGAGGCCUUCAAGCAGAUACGCCAGGGCACCAUCACACUGAUCCUGGCCACAGACAUGGCGCGUCACGGCGAGAUCCUGGACUCCUUCAAGCAGAAAGUCGACUGCUUUGACUACACAGACGAGGAGCACGUCACUUGUCUGAAGAUGGUGCUCAUCAAGUGCUGCGACAUCUCCAACGAGGUGCGGCCCAUGGAGGUGGCAGAGCCCUGGGUGGACUGCCUGCUGGAGGAAUAUUUCAUGCAGAGCGACAGAGAGAAGGCUGAGGGCCUGCCUGUGGCUCCCUUCAUGGACAGAGAAAAGGUCACCAAGCCCACCGCUCAGAUAGGCUUCAUCAAGUUCGUCCUCAUCCCCAUGUUUGAGACUGUAAUGAAGCUGUUCCCUCAGAUUGAGGAGGUGAUGGUGCAGCCACUCCGAGAGUCAAGAGACAGAUAUGAAGAACUCAAACAGAUUGAUGACGCCAUGAAUGAGGUGCAGAAGAAGAAAAGUGAGAACUUGACCAUGGGAGGGAAGAAGAAGUAGCAGAAAGCUUUAAACAGCACCAGUGAGAGUAAAGCCUAAGAGUGCAUCAGUGUGAUGAAAAGUGAACAGGAGCUAUCAGGCAGGUCCGGCCUCUCCAUCACCGUGCUCUCUUCACCUCAGCCUGUCAGAGCGGACGACCGACAGGAUUGUGAAUUUGGGAAAUCCUGGGAGGUUCCUUUUGCGCCUGGCAGGACCAACCUGCCACAGAAAAGUCAUGGAGUGGGUCUGAGAUAGCGGGUUCCAGGAGGCGCUUUGAACUACUGAUGGACUCACACAAGGACCAGGGCGGACCACCCAAAGCCUUUUUCAGGGAGUGUCAACAUUUGUACAGCACAGACUACUUCAGUGAGAUCUUUAGAUAUGUUAUAUCUUGUGUUGUUGUUUUUUAUUUUACAUGUGUUGGGUUGUUUUUUACAGACUGUACAGAUUUUUAGUAACCUUUUUUCUUUACUACAAA